UUCCUGAGAAAGCGAGUCCGGAUAAACUCCGCCCAUAAUUUAUUCUUCAGGCUGCAAAAUCGCCAACUUGAAAUAACUCUUUACAUUUAAUGUUUAUGGCUUUUGAAAGUUAACUGUACCUCGGAUUAGUCAUAAGUAUCACGUUCUAGCUGUCUUUGGAGAACAGACCCGGACAUGAGUUUCUUAUUUGGAAGUCGUUCAUCAAAGACUUUCAAGCCGAAGAAAAACAUCCCAGAGGGCUCUCAUCAAUAUGAGCUGCUCAAGCACGCCGAGGCCACGUUAGGAAGCGGAAACCUCCGGGCUGCCGUGAUGUUACCGGAUGGAGAGGACCUCAACGAAUGGAUCGCUGUCAACACCGUUGACUUUUUCAACCAGAUCAACAUGCUGUAUGGCACCAUCACUGAAUUCUGCACAGAAGUCAGCUGCUCUGUGAUGUCUGCAGGGCCCAGAUAUGAAUAUCACUGGGCAGAUGGCACCAACAUCAAGAAACCCAUCAAGUGUUCUGCCCCCAAGUACAUUGACUACCUGAUGACCUGGGUUCAAGAUCAGCUGGAUGAUGAAACCCUGUUUCCAUCCAAGAUUGGUGUUCCUUUUCCAAAGAACUUCAUGUCAGUGGCCAAGACUAUCCUGAAGCGUCUGUUCAGAGUCUACGCUCAUAUUUACCACCAGCAUUUUGACUCGGUCAUGCAGCUUCAGGAGGAAGCUCACCUCAACACCUCCUUCAAGCAUUUCAUCUUCUUUGUUCAGGAGUUCAAUCUCAUUGAUCGCAGAGAGCUGGCACCUCUACAGGACCUUAUUGAGAAACUGGGAAGCAAGGACAGAUAGACCCUGACACCAUCACCAUAUCAGUCGCACUUUCCACAGUCCGAGCACUCCUGAAGACCACUUCUUUCUUUUUGUCUGUUUUCAGAACUCUGCAUUGUUUGUGCACGACACCGAUUGUCUUUGCAACAUCCAAGCCGAGCUUUAUUGAAGUGUCGUCCUGAAAACUUGUUGUUUGUGUAAAGUUUUUUUUCUCCCAUUUUUCAGUAUUACACUGUGAGUCGUGAUUUGUUUUAGCUAUUUUAAUGGACGGGGAAAUGAAAUCAGUAUCAGAUUUUUUUAUAGAAGUAUACAAACAAUUGCAUUUUUAGUCAAAUCUGACAUGUAUUCCUGUUUUUAAAUGUUUUAAAAGGGUAAGAUCUAUUUGGGACUAUUUUUGUAAGAUUGUAUUCCAUUUUAUUUUAUAUUGUUUUCCUCGUUUUAUUCUAACCAUAAUAGUCAUUUUUCAAGGUUGUUACAGUUUCUGUGUGAUUGUAAUUUUCGAGACCUGUAUUAGGACUUCAAAGAAAAAAAAUGAGUAACUUAGAACUUAAAUGUUUGUUUACAUUUCUUCAUUUAGCAGACACUUUUGUCUUAAGUGAUUUACAAAUGCUGGAGCAUUUAACGUUUUGCCUUAAGAGCCAACAAUAAAAAAAAAUGUAUAAGGAUAAA